CGACUUCCGGGUUGGAUUGUAAUGGCGACUUCCAUUCGUUUUGCAGACACGUGUGUAAUCUGAGAGUGACUUAAUCUGCGAUAUGUGCUGUACUAGUCGUCAUUAUAGUGUAAUACCAUAUACAGGAAUAAACAAUGGGGAAAAGCAAAGCAAAGAAGUUCAAAGCAAACAAACCACAGCCUACUGGUUUACCGAGUGUUAAAGAUUGUGAAGCUGCUCUUGAUUUGGAAACUGUCAAAUCCAUCGCGUCGAAUUCUACAAUCCAGAAUCUUAUUGAGAAACUAACCAGUACUAAUGAGGACGAGAGAGAGUGUGGCUGUACUGGUAUUGCCGGCCUGGUCUCCCAACCUCAGGCCAUUACCUGUCUGCUACAACACAAUGUUGUCCGUAUCCUUGCUCCCCUCAUCCUAGAUCCCAGUAUACAGGUCAGGCACCGUGCACUGGGGGCACUCAGAAACCUUAGUGUUGAUGGUGGCCUGGAUGUGUGUGAAGAGAUGGUACACAAAGAUGUCCUCACCCCACUGGUAGCUUUCUUCAAGCAUUACCCUGUUGGCUGGGUGCCGGAGAAACCAGGAAAGAAACAGAAGGACUUCAACACCGAAGCCUUCCUAGAAGGGACACACCUCCUGUGGAAUCUCUGUGAGGCCACUGAAACAGCUGUAGAGGUGUUCAACAAAGAAGGACUGGUGGCCAUUUUGUUACCAUGUCUACAGUAUGCUGUGUAUGGUAUCCCUUUGUCUAUUGCCGUAGGGCAGUGUCUCCACACUGUGUCUGAAGACAAUCCCGGUUUCGCUCAGGCGUGUGAUGGGGGACAGGCAACACCCCAACAGCUGCUCAACCUGAUGGGUGAAGCCCCGGAGUCAGCCGGGCACAUCUUACUCAAAACACUGGCCACAGGCAUAUUGGUGAACAUUAAAAGUGCCGAGCUUACCACCGCACCAGGCAACCUUGUGGCCCACAUACUGACCUCAGUAUCACAGGUGUUAGAUGUUAAUGCAUUAGACAACUUCACAGCCACUCUAGACAUACGGAAAGAGAUGACACCUAGUGAGGAUGAACAGAAGGACACAAAUUUAACAAGCAGUAUUAAGGACAAACUACAGGAUGUGGAACAUUUUAUAGCAGCACAAAUGAUUGGCCUGGAAAUAGCAGCCAAUCUGUGCUGCAUAGAAGAUACCUGGGAGGACAUGGAUAGCAGUGAGUCUGACGACCAGAUCGCCGAGGCUGACUUGGAGGAGGAGACCAUGGACGAUAACUUGUUUUCCCCUUUAUGUGUUUCAUCUGAAAUUCAAGGUGCAAUAUUAAGCAACGAGAUAUUUAGCAAGGUGCUGAAGAAGGCCCAGCCUUGUAUUUUACCAGGCGACGGUAUCAGUUUGAGUGAUCAGCAGAAAAACUUAGUUAAAAGGUUUGAGAAGCUGGAGGUGCAUGCCCUUCUGUGCAUAAAUAACCUGGUCAGUUCCAUGGAGCUUGAAGCCUUAGGCGGCCUGGACAAUCUUCACAGUGUGUGGCAGGGUCUUGUUCAACUGACCGCCACCAAGCACAACGGAGAUCGUAGUGAUCUGUUGGAAGCUGUAACCAGUGCUAUGCGAGCUGUUGUACAGAAGCUGGCUGAACAUGAGUCACCAAAGCUGCUAGAGGUGACCGGUCAAGACCUACAGUUUCUGUAUGAGAUGGGACAACACGGUAACAGUUCAGAUAUACGGGUCAAUGCUGUGAGGAUCGUGGCCACAUUCGGCGCCCACUUUGCCAAAAACAAGGAACCACACCCCAUGCUAUUGAACCUGGGUGUCUUCCUGCUCGAGGUGGCCUGUCACGAGGGAGAACUGUGGGUCGUAGCCGAGGCCCUGGACUCCAUCUUUGAUGUGUUUGGAGAAGACCACCUCAACAACAUCCUGUCCGAGAUCCGACUCCUGGACAGACUGCGACAGCUCCUUCCUAUGCUCAAAGCAAAGAUGAAAGCAAACAGGAAAGAUCUAGGAGAGCAUCUUCCUGUGAUUUCUACUGCCAAGACUAACCUUGUACGCUUCAUCAAAUACAAGUCUUCUGUAUAAUGUCAUCCAAUAUAGUCUUUUGUGUGACGUCAUCAAGAACAAAUCGUCUGUGUGAUGUCAUCAUUACAAGUCUUCUGUGUGACGUCAUCAAGUAAAAAACUUCUGUGAGAUGUCAUCAAGUACAAGUCUUCUCUGUGUGACGUCAUCAAGUAAAAAAACUUCUGUGUGACGUCAUCAAGUACAAGUCCUAUGUGUAACAUCAUCAAGGACACAUCGUGAAAUGUCAUUAAAAAGUAUGACAUCAUGCAAAAGAUGUAUGAUGUCAUCAAGUACAAAUCUUCUCGGAGGGGUCAGCCAUGUUGGCUUUUGUUGUCAGAUUGUUGAUGGAUGCUAAACCUAUAAUGGACUUUGAUAUUGGUGCUGACGAUUUGAAAUGAAUUUGACAUUGAUUAUAAAUUCAACAAUUUGACGAAAAACUUUCUAUUGUGAAGGUUGUAAUGAGGAUCUAGAUGGUCUUUGACAUAUAGUAUGGAGACCUUUCCAGUGCUCCAGUCAAGGAAUUUGUUUCAGACUCGAAAACCAUUUUGGUUUCAGCAGUUUUUCUCGUGUUUUAUUUUUUCGUUUUCCCCCAAUUUACUUUUACAUAAUGAUGUAUCAGUUGUAAUAAACCUGCUGAAGUGUUGCUUAAGUUUACCAUAUUUCUUUUUAUAGCUCAUUCACCCCCAAAAUUUCAUAAUGGAGUAUUCCAACCUUUGAAUUGGAAGAGAUCAAAUGUGUCUUCAGGGGUGAAUUAGUUAGAUUUGGGGAAAAAAAAAGAAAAAAAAGGAGAACUUAUUUGAAAACAUGAGUAGUGGUAAUAUGUUGGAAUAAACAUUAAAAAUUUGUGAUCUCAGUAUUGUGUGUCUCUUCAGUCUUGAGAGCAAUAGGGAAGUUUGGACAUGAAAUCUAGCCAUCUUCUCUUUAUAUGUUAAAUUAGCUUCUCUAUAAACCUUGAAAACUGUUACUAUGUCAUUGAAACACUUAAUAACUAGUUACUUAAUAUAAAAUAAUUUUCAUGCUUUUCCGAAAAUAAAUAAAUACAUGGUUUAUGAAUCGUAAUGGAUCAUGUACGGAAUGUUUCAAUAUUCUGAAUAUUAAUUUUUUUUGGAGGAAGAUUUUUUUUUUUUUUGUAUCAGUUUCAUGUGUAGAUAUUUUUAGUUUGCGAUAUUUUGUUACGUUAAAGAUAAAUUCAGUUUGAAUGCAAAAUCCUGUUAAAGAAUGAAGAUAUUUUGAAUAUAUUAG